CCCAAGACUCUAUUUUCUCUAAAUCUCAACUGCUUCUUCCUCGACCACCGGGCCGUGGCGGCUUCGUUCAUCGACUGAAGUUGGGCGAAAUCACUUUCCUUUUCCGGUUCGAAGAGGGAAUGGUCCUAGUUUCUUGGCUAACGAGAUUACUGAACCGGUAACGAGCUAUUCUUGGAACCCUUUGCAGCUCAGGAUUUGAUUCGUUUGAUUUUGGUUGACGUUACCGAAAAUCUGGAGAGACAGUUGUUUCACGUUUACGGUUGUGGGUUUGAUUGUUCAUUGUUCGUUGCUGACUUGCCACUAUGUUUAUGCAUAAAUAAACUUAGUGCUGCAUAAGUUGAGGGAUAAUGUCAUUCUGCAUUCAAGCAAAUCCAUGCCUGCCUAAUAGUACCCAGCUUCAGUUGCCCCGGGUAAACAAAUCAUGGAGCAGUCUAUCACCACUGAAGUUUUUGAGACCUGCUGCUAAAACUUCAACAUGCCUUUCUUUUGCACUUGGCUUGAAGGUUAGACAGCUCAACCUUGCCGCGAAGUACCCUAAAAAAUCCCUUGUCUGCUUACUUGGGGGCAAGGACAAAUCUGAUGGAGAAAAUGAGGGAUCUCCUUUGAAGUCUCUUGGAAAUGCUUUCGGAAGUUUCCAGGGGAAAUCAGUAGAAGAUGUGCUGAAGGAACAAAUGCAAAAACAAGAGUUCUACGAUGGAGGAGGCAGCGGCGGCAGCAGUCCACCACGAGGUGGUGGUGGUGGUGGCGGUGGUGCUUCCGGUGGAUCCCAGGACGACGACCUUCCUGGAGUCUUGGACGAAACACUCCAAGUGGUUUUGGCUUCUGUGGGGUUCGUUCUUUUGUACAUUUAUAUCAUCAAUGGCGAGGACAUGACUCGGAUACUGAAGGACUACCUGAAGUAUGUGUUUAGCGGGAACAAGAGUGUUCGUCUGGCAAAAGUGUUGGAUCAGUGGCAAAGUUACCGCCAGAAGAUGGCGGAGAAGACGGUGGUGGACAAGUUUUGGCUAGAAAGAGAGAUCAUCAACACCACGACUUGGUACGACAACCCAGAUAAGUAUCGACGCAUCUAUCGAGCCUAUGUUCAGGCUGCAAAUGAUAAUGACGAUGAAAAUGAUGAUAAUGACGAUGAUGAUGUUAUUGACUACUAGUGCAGUUGUAAGUUUAUGGAAAGGUUUUGAGAUGUAAGCAUGUUUUUCCGUGCGACAGUCUUCAUAUAUUUUUGCCAAUGAGUUCAAAUUGGGCUCUACCUAUAUUCCAAUUAUACUUUUGGCUCGAAUGUGGACAUGCCUGGAAUUGUUUGGCUACCCGUUUAUAUGAACCAGGGACUAUUUUGUGCCUGCAACAGAACAAGAUCAAUAAUGGCAGUCUGGUACUGACUAGUGACUACUGAGGUUUCAGCUUC